CAAGUCAAUUCUGCAAGAGAAACCAUAAAAAUCGCCUAUCACCUUUAAUUAUUUCUAACUAUGGCAAACCUCCUGUUUGAGUUGUCAUGCUUUUAUUCUGAAGGGGCAACUUCCCGCGUAACGGUUAGCGCAAAAGCAGCUCAACGGCAAACUAAAGAGAUAAGAUAAGUUGUGACGGAGAUAAAAUGUAUGUAGCUUUUGGCAGCCCUCUUGAUAGACACACAAGGUUUGUGGUGAAAACAGGAAUCGCUCACAGUGGGAUCCAUUUCUGCAGUGCCACCAAUUUUUUCUGCUCCUCUCCCUGAAACCUGUCCUCUGCUUUCUGUGGGCCACACCUGAGUGACGUCAGAGGCGCGUCACCUCAUUGGCCUGCUGUGUGUUUUGUCUUCCUGUCAGGCAACAGGUGAGACACACCAAAGCAGCGCGCGCUGAGGAGCGGCUCAAACGUUCCCUUUCUGUCGGACUGAGGCGGACUCUUCUCCAUUUUCCUCGUCAGUUUCGAGCUGACCGAAAUGUUCCGGUUCUGUACUUCCUCUCUGCUGCUGCUGGUUCUGCUCCGCGGCGCGCGGCGCGGCGCGGCAGAACAAUGCGAAAGCGGCGGCGACGCGUUCGUCUCCGGCAGUGAGAACUUCGUUCUGGACGCGAAGGACGCGGUGGAGGACGGCGCCGCUCUGCUGGACACGCAGGCCGUGUCCGUGGAUGAGGAGUGCGAGACGCAGUGCUGCAAGGACCCACGCUGCAACCUGGCGCUGCUGGAGCCGCGCGACGAGGAAACGCAGGACACGCGCACGUGCGUCCUGUUUGACUGCGUCCAUAAAAAUCGUUUUGUGUGUCGGUUUGUGAACCAGGCCGGAUACAAGAGCUACAUUAGGAGGAGCACGUACCAGAGAUACCUGGAGGCACCAGGUGAGCUGGCUCCGCCCAUCGCCAACGCCGGCCCUGACGUCGUCCUGCAGCCCGGAGAGAACGUGACGCUCAACGGCUCCGAGAGCAUACCGCUUCACCACGCUAAGAUCUCUGACUACAAGUGGACUCUGCAGAGCGGAGACCACAGCCUGAAGCUGGAGAAAACCAACCAUGACGACCAGGUGAGGCUCUCCAACCUGCAGCCGGGCUCCUACGUCUUGAAGCUGACCGUCACAGACUCCAAGGGGAAGAGCGGCCAUGACACGGUCACCAUCAUGGUCCUCACCCCAGAGCUGUCCAGCUUGUACUGCCUGGUUCCGCCGAAGACCGGCCCGUGCCGCGCAGCGUUCCCUCGGUGGUUUUACAACACGACGACGCGCCGCUGUGAGAAGUUUAUCUACGGAGGCUGUUUACCCAACAAGAACAACUUCCUGUUUAACACAGAGUGUAUGUCAGCCUGCAGAGGAGUCACAGUUUCCUCAGAAAGGAGCAUCACUGUAAACCUCCAUAAGGAGUGCGGCUCACAGUGCCGCCCCAAUCAGCUGACCUGUGAUGACGGCUGCUGUUUGGACCGGGCUCUGGAGUGUGACGGCGUGAGCCAAUGCAGCGACGGCUCUGAUGAAAAGCUCUGCAGCAAAUUGAGCCGGACCUUCAACCGCCUGCUGAGCGUCAACGUCAGCGACCUCCAGGCUCAGUGCGUGGAGCCUCCUCGUACCGGCCCGUGUCGGGCACACUUCCACCGCUGGUACUACAACCCUAAAGACAGGAAGUGCUUACGCUUCAUCUACGGUGGCUGCGACGAAAACGGGAACAACUUUCAGGACGAGAAUGAUUGCAGCGAGACCUGCGACGGCGUAACAGAGAGGAACAUGUUUUCCAGAGGGAUGUUUGAUCGUUUCGGGUCUGAUGAUGAAAAAACUGCUGACUCAGGCUCCGUCGCUCUGGCUGUGAUUCUGGCGGUGUGCGUCUUGGCCCUGCUGGUCAUCGUGGGGUACUGCUACCUGCGGAGGCGCAGGAAGGCCCCCAGCCGGUCGGCGGGCCCCGCCCACGCGGCGCUGUCGGAGCAGGACACGCUCGUCUACAACAGCACCACCAAGCCUGCCUGAUGUCGCCAUGGCAACCCGGCAGGCAUCCUCAUCCAGCUCCUGGUUUUAUUUUUUUGUGUCCUUUUCCUUUAAAUUUUAGUUUUUUUCUUGUUGUGGUUCAUUUUCCUGAAACUUUCUUGUUUCAGGUUCAGUUUGUGAAAAUACGGGAAUGAUGAGAAACUGGAUUUUAUUUAUGACGCUCGUCAGCCUCAGACUGUUUGAGCUGCAGUUCCUGGUCAGUCUGAACAAGUUUCUGAAUCAGUGUUUGGGGCUCAGGGUUUGUUCGUUUUGUUGCACAUCGUAUGGAUAAACAUGUCUCUAGUUUGUUCAGUAUAAAUCCAUCGACAGGAGAAGGAAGAAUCUGUAGAACUUUUCAUUUUUAACAUGUCGAGCCUCUGUUUCAUUUCAGUUUUUAGUUCAGGACCAAAUGUCCUGAAAUGUUUCAAUGUUUAAUAAAAAUGAAAUUUAAGAAA